AUGAACUACGACCAGCAACAUCCCGCCUCUGGUGGCUACCACCAUCAGCAGCAUAUGCCCCCGAACCCCUAUGCUCAACAACAGCUCCCGCCUCCUCACCAGCAACAUCACCCACAGCACCCCCAGCAGCAUCCGCAUCAUGCCCAUCCCUCGAGUCAGAUCCCACAGCUUCCUCCCAUGUCUUUCCCGCCUCCUGCGCCAGUACCAUCUAAUAUGCCUCCCAACGGUGUCCCUCCUCAACACCCUCCCGCCGUCUCUUCUGGCCCCGCCACCUCGACUUCCGCGGGCCAGGGCCAGCCCCCCUCUUUCUCCAGGACAGACGACCUGGGCAGGCAAUACGAGCUUGUGGUUGUCCAACAACCCCAGAGAGCGCGCAUGUGCGGAUUCGGUGACAAGGACCGCCGCCCCAUUACCCCUCCGCCGUGUAUCAGAGUAAAGGUCUUCAACCCCGAAACCGGUCGCGAGUUCAGUGUAAACGAGGUCGAGCAUGGGCAUUUCAUCAUCAAUGUCGACCUGUGGGACGAGAAGGCACAGCACGAGGUGAACCUCGUCAGGCACUCGAGCACAACGGCCUCCAUUUCUACCACAACCCCGACUCCCUUCCACACGCUGAGGCAAGACCCCCCGGGCAUGCCUCCGUACGCGGACCUGAUACCCGGUUACGCGGCCGGUCCUGCGUAUGGCCAGCAGCAGCAGCCCCCGCCGAUUCCAGGGUAUCAAGGGUACCAGCCUCCUCCGACUGCAUACACAUCUACCAACGCCUCGUUUGCGCCCCCCACUCAAUAUUUCCCGAACCAUGCCGCCAGCACCGUACCAUCGCAGGCUGACUUGACGUACGGACACCGCCAGUCCAUGUCGAUGGCGACAAAUCAGCCCCAGGGCAUGUUCACCAGAAAUCUUAUCGGCAGCCUGGCGUCUAGCGCAUUCCGCCUCAGCGACACGGAGGAUAAUGUCGGUAUCUGGUUUGUCAUGCAGGAUCUGAGUGUCAGGACUGAGGGUCUUUUCCGCUUGAGGUUCUCGUUUGUGAGUGUGGCGAAGCGCGCCGGACAGCCCUCCGCAGCUGGCUCUUUGGUCAACAUGGGCAAGAGCAAUGUCCUCGCUCAAUGCUGGAGCGACGUGUUCCAGGUCUACUCUGCCAAGAAGUUCCCCGGAGUGUGCGAGAGCACCCCCCUGAGCAAGUGUUUUGCUCAUCAAGGCAUCAAGAUUCCCAUCAGGAAGGAUGGUCCUUCGGACGGCAAGAAGAACAACGAAGAGGACGAGGAGUUUUAA